AUGUCCCAUAACCAGGACAAACUGGGCCAAACCCAGUGUCCCAGACAGGGAGGUGUGGGGGUUGUUCCUCAGCUGUUCUUUGCAGUGUCACCUCCAGCCAUCCUCUCCUCUCAAUCCUCACCUCGCCCCCACCUCCUCCUCCUCCUCCUCCUCCUCCUCCUCCUCCUCCUCCUCCUAUGUCCUACCUCCUCUGGUGUCUUCUGUGAGAUCAGGAACUUCAGUCAGUGUAUGGCAGCUCCCUAUGCACCAGGACACAACCUGGUGGGGGAGAGUUUGGAUGUGGUCACCUACGAGCGUAAAGACAUCCAUCCGAUCAACAUGGAUAUCAUGUCUAAAAAAAGGACAUGUUAUCUCUGCCUGAACCGCCUACAAGGCAACCAGCUGCAGAAGGUUCCAUUCUCUGCUCAUUUUUGGAAAGACGAGCCUAGCUACAUAACUGAAGCUAUCAGUAAAGGGCAUUCCUCUGUAAGUUCACUGGUAAAUAUGGUGAAAUUAAAGGACAUGUACGACUGGAAGGUUGGAGCCGAUUUGAAGGUGGCUAAACUGAAUGUUGGAGGAGGACAUUCUGACUCGUUUGAAUUUGCACAAUCCAGAAAUGAUGACGACCACUACACCUUCAGCUCACACUGGCAGCGUUUUUCUUUGUACAGGCACGCUGUGACCAACAAGCGACGUCUCAACGACGGUUUUAAGAAUGAUGUGAAAAAGCUGCCAAGAUCCUAUAACUCUGCAACCAAAGAUGAAUACAGAGAGUUCAUACGUAAAUACGGCACUCAUUACAUCCAUCGGGUCACUCUUGGAGGACAAAUCAGACGACUUGCAGCGACACGUACGUGUUUAUCCAGACUGAAUGACAUCUCCACUAGCGAUUCACAGACGUGUAUAUCCCUGGAUCUGGAAGUGGGUCUCGGAUUGGCCAGACUAAAGUCUUCAUGCUCCGAUUUCCUAAAGAACAGGCAUAUGAAGGGCUCCUAUUCUGCUGGUCUGUAUGUAGAGGAAACAAUGGUGAGGGGAGGCGAUCCUUGGAGCGGGUUGGUUUCUAGCGAGCACCCUGACUCUAAGGGCUAUCAUCAGUGGAAGGAAUCCCUGAAGCGCAUCCCUAUGAUUGUUGAUUUCGUCAAAAAACCACUCUAUGAUCUGGUGAAUGAAAAGGCAAAACAUGGACUGGAAGAUGCCAUAAAUGCAUACAUAAGGGACCCGGACAUCAAAUUUUCAGCCACAAAUUUCGUCACAGAACGAUCCUGUAGCCAUCAUGGUGACUGCUGCCCCGAACGGCUGGGGCAGGGCUGGCUGACGGUGACCAUUCUCCGAGGCUUUCGUCUGUAUGGUGAUGUACUCAGUGCCACUGAAGGGUAUGUUGAGAUAUCAUACGGUGGAAAAUUCGACAGCACCCGAAUGAUUCAGUCAAACGACCCUCAGUGGGACGAGACGUUUUAUCUGGGUUUGGUGGACACUACACUGACACUGACCCUUGAGCUCAGAGAUAAAGAUCCAUUCCGUGAGGAGAGGCUGUUCUAUUGUGAAUGGGAUGUGAGGAAGGGGUCACAUCCAUUGAGCUGCAAACAUAAGUAUGGCGUCAUCACGGCUGAAUAUUCACUCGAGUGUGUCUCCCACCUCACAGGAGACAAGUGUGACAUAUAUGAAAAAAUGUCAGUUUAAUAGUUUGAGGACAUUUCAGAGCCUGAACUUCAUCCCUUUUAUUACAGUAUAGACACAGUCCUUUACCUUUUAUCACAGUAUCUGUAUUAAUACUGGAGGAAACUCUGUAUGCAUGUCCUCUGAGAUGUAUGUUUGAGUCACACUACAGUCUGAAGGUCCAGUUAAAGAAUGAAACUGGACUCAGGUUUGGAAGGUGUGUGGAAAAUAACAGACAAUAAAAACAUACAUGAACA